AUGGUGGGCGGAACCAAACAGCCCGUGCGUGGGUCUGCUGGUCUCUGGGCGGCAGCUGUAAUCUUGUCCCCGUUCAGCGCACUUGCAGCACUGGUCCACUGCACUGUAUGCGCGGGCCCUGUCCCCUCGUCUGUGACAACAAAUAUACGUGCCGCCCAGUGGCGAGUGCUUGCCACCUCUGAUCCAUCCGCUGCAAAGCCACACAGCAGCAAGCUCUCCCUCCUUGUUCUCUGUUUCUCUAUCUUCCUAGCUAGCCAGCAUAGUGUUGGCCGGAGAUCUAUGGCCGGAGUGCGGGAAGAAGAGUUCGACGAGGGGGAUGUGUGGGACGUGCUGCAGGAUGAUAACCGUCCGGCGGCGGCGCUCAUGGCAACUACUACUCCACCAAGGAUUAGGAGGGGUAGUAACAAGUCCAAGAAGGUCGUUGCGUCGUCCAAGGACGAGUCGGUUGCCGCAGGUGGCGCCGGCGCCGGCGCGAGAGGCAGGGGAAGGUCGUCGGCGCCGGUGGCCAUUCCGGCUGGCAGCUCGAGCUCGGCGAGGCGGCGAGGCGGCAACAGCGAAGAAGACGAGGAGGAGGAGGACGACGGAGGAGAGAUGCUGCCUCCGCAUGAGUGGCUGGCGAGGAAGAUGGAGCGGAUGGGCGUGGCGUCGCCGCCGGAUCAGGCGUGCCGGCCGGGGAGGAGCAAGGGGCGGGAGCUGACCAAGGUCAGGGACGCCGUGCUCCCCAAGACCGCCUUCUCUGAGCGGUAG